AUGAAACGGGCGUUGGUCUUCGAUUUUCACCUUCUUACACCUCCUUGCUCGCCCGAAAAAGGAGCUUACCGGGGUCACGUCAAUGACUGCUUGAUCCUACCGCCUUCUCCUCCAGAGUCUGAGAUAUCUCUUCCCGAGUCUCAGGCUCCCGCCCCUCCUACUCCUCCAACUUCUGUUACUUCUGCAACCGAGAUUGAGAGUUCGGAUACGCAUCCAGACCUUGACUUGGGCUUGGGACUAUUAGCCAUCCCCGUAGCACAGAAGUUGGAUCCGAUCCUACUGCCUUCUCCUCCCGAGUCUCAGGCUCAGGCCCCUCGUACUCCUCCAACUCCUGCGACCGAGAUCCAGAGUUCGGAUACGCCUCCGGACCUUGACUUGGGCUUGGGACUAGUAGCUAUCCCCGUAGCACAGAAGUUGGAUCCGAUUCUACCGGCUUCUCCUCCCGAGUCCAAGAUAUCUCUUCCCGAGCCAUGGGCUCCGACACCUCCUACUCCUCCGACUUCCUCAACCGAGAUUCAGAGUUCGGAGAUAAUUCCAGUUCUUGAAUUGGGUUUGGGGCUAGUAGCGACCCCAGUAUCAAAGAAUUUGGUUGAUUGCUGCGAUCCAAUCAAACGCACGCCUUACUAUUCCCCGCCGAUCGAUUGGGAAGCAUUCCAGUUUCCGGCCGUCCCGAACGUGGAUGAAAUUGAGUUUGCUACCGAGGAACCCCUCGUCAUAGAGCCAUUGUCUACCAAAGUUAGCUUCAUUCUCCCAGAGGCCCCAAAGACUGGCUUUGCCAUACCACUCCGCCGCUCGGGCUCUCCCCUCAGGCCAAGCCAAUACGCUGCUCGAGGUGGCUCAACAUCACCGUUGCGUACACCAACUCGACAAUCAGAUCGAUUCAUACCGCAAAGACGACCGGAAAUCAGCACAAGAGAGAGCUUUCACUUUUCAAGGGCUACUCCGGCCGAUACCACCAAUGCCGAUCCCUUCAGCCCAACUCUCCGCCGAAGUCGACGUGUAAACGAGGAGCUUCGUACACUUCGUCAAAAUCACUCGAGCAUGAUGGCCAGAACCCGAAGCCGAGGCCGCCCAGGGCUCCGUUCGACUUCAAUUGGAGUGAACCGCCAGGUAAGCGCCGGCGCCGUAUGGAACGUCGGUGGGUCGUCUGCAGCAACCGAUACAGUCGUCGGGGUUACCAACGGUCGAGGAGGGCUCCUCGCCAGCGGAACCAACGCACCUUUGUAUACCACCAUGUUCAUCACCGGAUCGGAUGCUGCCGCCGAACUGGAUACCUAUGAACAACGUCUCGCCCUAGCGUUUGACGUUGACCGGUCCGACAAAACUCUGAACAUUGUCUUGCCGAAUGCCUUCGGACACCCAACUUCACAUGAAGCGGUGUCAAAUGGACAGAGCAGCCGCACCACGCCCCAUGUGAAGCACACUUGGAAUGACAGUGCUUGGAUGAGAGAAGGAUCUACAACGCUUCUCGACGCGCCACAACUACGUGACGACUACUACUGUUCAGUCCUCUCAUACCACCAUCGUACAAAGAUCUUAGCCGUGGCACUCGGAAACGUGGUUCAUCUCUGGACGGAGAAGAAUGGCGUUGGUAUCCCGGACAAUCUGAAUAAUGUGAUACAUCAGGUGGACCCCACGGGAUACAUAACGUCACUGGCAUUUGCACCAGCUUCGCAUCAUGCAAUUCUCGCGGCCGGACGAUCGGAUGGUCGUAUAUCGCUCUGGAGUCCAUGGGACCCCAUAGUUCGGUACAACGCUCAGCAAGCCAGGCCUAUCUCCUGUAUGUCCUGGAGACCAACCGCCGUGAAGUUGCCUUCGACGCGGAAUCCUGAGAGGAUAGUCAAGACACACGAGCUUCUAAUUGGCGACGAAAAGGGUGACAUCUUCAUCUACACUGUCGAAUGGCCGGACUGGGACGAUGUUGUUGUCGAGUGGAUUGGCAACUUGAAACUCCUUGUCCACGUCGAGGUCCACAAACAGCAGAUAUGCGGCCUUGCGUGGUCUGCUAACGGCGAAUACUUCGCAACGGGCGGCAACGACAACGCCUGCUUCCUCUUCAAGACCCGCAACAUCCUGCGGGACGUUCGCCGCAACCAAGACGGCACGUACCGUUCCGACACCCGAGACAUCAUCCACCGCCAACGAAACGGCGAUUUACAGCAGAUGCAGCGGACUGGCCGCGGCCGAGGUAGUGCUAUCGAACUCGGUGAAGGCCACCACGAACACAGAUGGGAACUUAACGCCGCGGUAAAGGCCAUCGCCUUCUGCCCUUGGUUGAGCUGCCUUCUUGCCAUCGGCGGGGGCUCCAACGACCGCUGUAUCCACUUCUACCACACCAUCAGUGGCGCAUCCAUCGCCGCCAUCGACACCUCAGCUCAAGUCACCUCGCUGGUCUGGAGCACCACUCGUCGCGAGAUUGCUGCGACCUUUGGCUUUGCCCAGCCCGAGCACCCCUACCGCAUCGCCGUCUUCUCGUGGCCUGCGUGUGAGCAAAUUGUCUCCAUCCCAUGGGAAGACGAGAGCCGAGCGUUGCUUGCCAUCGCAUACCCUGGUGGACCGAGCGAUGAAUACACUAGACACCACGACGAGAGGCAUCGGAGCAGAACAAAACAGGAGGGAAGUCUGAUCAUCGCAGGAAGCGAUGGAGCAAUCCGGUUCCAUGAGGUCUGGCCGGAGAAGCGGAGGGGUAGGAAACCAAAGGAACCGAUGGGAUUGCUGGGAGGGAGCGACAUUCUGGAGGACAUGGCUGGCAUUGAGAAGGACUGGGGCGAGCAAAUCCGGUAAGCUGAUUGUCCAGGCUUAAGGCUUUGACUUCCCCUUCGUACCCCCUUCGGGGGUACGAAGGGUCGAAGUUGGCCUCGCCAAACGGGCUUGAUCGGCGACCAGAUCUUGGGGGUCUUGGUUUUUCCUUUGGGUUUUCUCUUGUUUUUGGGCAUCGCUUGGGUUGGACUAUGGGCUGACGCUGCUUUUUCUUUCUCCCUGGUACUGUAGAUAGAAUUCCGUCACGAAUAAAGACGAUGAAUGAUUAAUGAAUACCCA